UUGCUACCGGGCAUCAAAGCGCCUUCACUGCCUAUGUCAAGUACUAAUGACACAGCCAGCGCGCCGUGUGCUAAGCCAGAAGAUAGUAGCAGUACUUCGGCAGCACAGCAGCUGAAAGAAGGCUUCCCCGAGGACCACGCUCCCAUCGCCAUGUUCACGCAACCCAUCCGCGGAGCCAAUCGCUCGUUCCAGUUCCUCGGCUGGUACAAAAUCAACCGGCUGCAGCUGCUGGAGCCGGGAUCCGAAGAUCUCGUUCGCAGGUUGAGCAAGAAAUGGGAGACGGUCGAUCGGUUGGGUCGCGUGGUGCCCAGGCAGCGGGACCUGAAGAAGUGGAAAGAGAGCAUGUCGUAUAGGUGGGCUGUGAUUAAGAUGGAGAGGGAUGAGGAGGCGGAGAAGGAAAGGGGGUAUCCGAAGAUCGAACGGAUUGAUGAGGAUGAUGGUAAUGAUGGAGAGGGUCAGUGACAUGUCUGUCUGUACAUACCACAGUUUGAACACGG